AUGGAGGGUCAGCGGAAUCCCGAGCUUCAACGGGUACUGGCAGCGCUGAAUAGCUUUUCACAGCAGCAACAGCAGCCACCGCCCCCGCUGCAGACAUCUUCCUUUGGGUCUCACCCCUACAACAAUCAGGGGCUUUAUGAUGUAAACUCUGCUGCCAACUCCGCAAUUCCAGGCCUGGGCUUACUCCCAUCAACCCUCCAUGAACGGGCGGUAUCUCCACCACCCAUCCAUCGCCACAAAGAGUCAAACCCAACCCAGUCUCAGGCACAGAGUAGGUCUUCGACACCUCGUCUGCCCGAGACUUUCCGCAGCAAGACUUCCACUCCUAAUUUCAACGUCCCCGAUGCGUCGACCAUCGUUACUUGGCCAGCAGCACUAAAACACGUCUCACGCCAUCUUGUUCACAAUGAACAAGUGGCAAACAGGAUCAAACAUUUGAUCAACGAACAGCACAAGCAUGAGCGGCAGUGGUGGGCUGGUCGUGAAGCCAUUGUUGCGAGACAGCAGGGACGAUCGGGAACGUCGCAGCAGGUCUCGGCGAUACUAAAGUCGCUUGGUGCGAGGGAAGUGGCCGCCACUAUUUCCCCACGCACGUCUACGCCAUCAGAUGAACAAAAGAAAGCGGAUCAAGCAGAACUAGACGCUUAUGACAAAAAGGUCUAUGCUGGUUUGCUGGCCAUGGCGGCGGAUUUUGACAGGCAAUUGCGGUCGCUAGGCGUGCCCUUCUACGCGAUCAAGCACGAAUUGGUAAUUUUGGAGGAUGGGCCUGAGAAGCGGGCCGGUGCCAACAAGGGCAAGAUUGACAAGGGAGAACUAAGGGAGUUGCAGAAACGGAUGUGUCAAACUUUGGAGGAUCUGUUUGGGGACUGA